AUGUCCCGCGCGUCGGACCAAGAGAAGAUCUCGCGAACGGUCCACGUCGGCGGCAUCCGCGGCCUGGACAACGGCGAGAUCACCGAGCGCGACGUCGCGGAGUUCUUCUCGCAGCAAGGGCCCGUCGUCGCCGUGCGCGUGCACGCUCGCAGCGCGUGGGUCGAGUUCGCGGACGACGCGUCCACGAUGGCGGCGCUCAACCUCGACGGCGUGACGACGGGCGGGCACAACCUGCGCGUCAACCGAAGCAAGACGGCGAUCAACACGAACGCGCUGCUGGAGAGGACGCGCGAGGCGUCCAUCGCGGCCGCGCGCGCGGUGACCGGCGUCGCACCCGUCGCACCCGGGCACCCGGGCACCCGGGAGGCGGCGGCGUACGCGGCGUACUACGCGCAGCAGCAGCAGCAGCAGCAGCAGCAGCAGUCGGUCUUAGUGCAGGGGGCGCCGUACGUUCCGGAGCAGGCGCCGGCGCCGGCUGGAUAUCUGCAGACGGGACCGCAGAUGGGAUACGCGCAACAGACGGGGUACGGGUACGGAUACGCGCACGGGUACGGGUACGCCGCGCCGGGGACGGGGACGGGGAUGCCGGGGACGGGGAUGGCGCCGGGGUACUACGGCUAUCCCCCCGGCGUCGCGCCGACGGGCGGCGGGGCGCAGAAGGUGACGUACAACGUCCUUCCGCCGCCGCCGCCGCCGCCGCCGCGAUGA